UGCACCGAUUAGCCGUUUUGCUGUCAAGGUCCACCAUUAGUUCUCUCUUCACUCUUCUACUUUUGUCUUUUGUUGAGACAAGUCCAACAUUGAUGCCAAGUUCAAAACUGUAGCCCGGUGUCAGGAAGUAGUUUUAGGUGCAGAAAAAAGUAAUUCGGGGAAUCUAGGUGUUUCGUUUGUGUUAGCCUUCGAAUUGUCAUCUUUCCCCUUGUCAAACGAUUGUGUUCCUUGAUGCAUUUGAGAGGCUGAAGAAACAAACGGACCAAUACAGCGCCAAUACUAAAACCCCCAUUAAUAGAACAAUGGGAUUCCUCAUGUCUAAAUCCAUGGACCAGAGUAUGAAAAAACAGCAGGAGUUUAUGCUGCUCAAUGGUAGACUUCAGCUGGAACGCCAGAUUCUGAUGCAGAACCAGAUGAGAGAGAGGCAGAUGGCCAUGCAGAUCGCCUGGUCCAGGGAAUUCCUCAAGUACUAUGGCAGUUUCUUUGGCCUUGCUGCCUUUGGCCUCUCCGUCGGUGCCAUGAAGCGGAAGAGGCCUGGUUUCUUCGUCCCGAUUAUUCCGCUGAGCUUCAUCUUGGCCUACCAGCUGGACAUGGCCUACGGAACCCUGCUGCAGCGCAUGAAGAGUGAAGCGGAGGACAUUAUGGUGACAGAGCAUGACCGCUUGGAGCUUCCGCAUGGAACGCCCACCUUUGAGGCCAUCGAGAAAGCCCGGAGAGCCCAAAGCACCUUCUUCCUGGAGAAGUGAGCUGCUCACAGACGUCGCCAGCUCUCCCGUGGGUUUGCGAUCAGGCAGAAUGUCGGGAACCACGUAACACUAACUUAUUCGUAAUUAUGGACGUGUACAUUUCUCAUCGUCUCUGUGUCAGAGGCGGCAUUGGGGGGUUCAGUGUCACCCUGGGAAAUAAAUAAAAGCUGAGCUGCCCAUCUUUCUGUCAUCAGCAUCCAUGGAAUACACAGUCUGUCAGUCCGAACCAGCAGGAGUCAUCCUUCAUACUCAUCUGCUCAUUUACUUUUUUCACUAGUGUCUACCUAAAAAUUGAUGUAUAUGUAUUUUAAAAUUUGUACAAUGAAUCAGUCCAAUCUGUCAUUUGUCAGUUUUGUUAUCAUAACAACCCCCCCCCCCCCCCCCAAUAUAUACUGACGUUGAACUUUUUUGAAGAGCACGUAUUAAUUUUAUUUUUUUUAAUUAUUGUGGCCAAACUUCAUGCAGGUGUUAAUGGUUUCUGAGAUGAUCCCAGUAAAUCACUUCAUGCUAUAGGCAUGUAUGUAUGCGAUGUAAAAGAGUGUUUUGAACCAGUAAUGAUGCGCAUGUCUUGCUCUUAUUAUGUGAAUUACGUUGAGAUUUGCCUGGAGCUUUACAUGUCAAGUAAAAUUGUCUUUGAGACUUAA